GUAAUUAAAAAUUUAUUUAAUACAUUUGAUUUAAAUGAAGAUAAAAAAAUGAAUUUUUAUGAAUUUAUUUUGGCUACUGUAACUAUUAUGGACGAUUCAAAAUAUGAAAAAUUAAGAUCUAUAUUUAAAAUUUAUAACACAGAUAAGAAUAAAAAUUUAGAUCGUAAAGAAAUUAAACAUAUUUUAAUCGAUAUAUUUAAUUCAUUAGAAAUAAAUAACUAUGAUAAACGUGAUUUAGACAAAAUAAUUAAUACUAUAUUUCAACGUAAAAAUAUAAAUCUUAAUGAUAAAAUAAGUUGGAAUGAAUUUAGUACAACAUUAUUGGAUGAUGAGCAGUUAUUAGGAUCAAUAAUACCAUCUGAUAGACAAACAGAAAGUAAACAAGCAGCGAGAAAGUGGAUUAAUACUAAUGAUGGACAGCGGGUAUAUGGUAGUGACGAAGAGAGGCAGAACAGAGGAAACGAACAAACAGACAUAACAAAGAAAAAUAAUCAUACUACAGAAAGCUUUUGA